AGUAGGGUUAGCUGCCGCUUCCGCAGAAUCGACAAAUCUUCCGUGCGCAGAUGACAGAGUAGCAGUUUGCGUUCCCGUUGCAGCAAGUUUUCCAGCUUUCCAUUUGAAUUCCGCGUCUUAGUCUGCCAAUGAUUCCCCUGCACAAUCAAGCCUUGCUGCUAUCAUCCAAGAUUGCGGGCACGCUGCUGCACCACAUCAACCCAGCAGGAUGGAGAACGCCAACGAUAGCGACCAUCACACGCAGUGCCAUUCAUUCCACCGCCAGCAAACGCUUCCUUCCCUCGCAACGGGUAAAACCCAUCGCAGCACAACCCGUUGGAUCGGUGCUCCAGAAAAGCUGCUCCGUCCUUCAACACUUCUGCACCAGGCAGCACGAAACGGUCGAUCCGUACGUCCUGCUGGAAGGCGAGCUGCGGCACAUCUACCAGGACAUUAGGGAGGAAAUCGAGCUCGCCACAAACCACCCGGAGCUGGGCAGAAUCGCCACCUACUACUUCGACGGGCAGGGCAAAGCGCUCCGGCCGAUGAUUACGAUACUGAUGGCGAAGGCGCUCCAUAGCGACCGCCCGAUUACGAAGGGCCAGCGGCAGAUAGCAAUGAUAUCGGAGAUGAUCCACACCGCCAGCCUGGUGCACGACGACGUCAUCGACCAGUCGUUCGCCCGGCGCGGCAAACCAAGCGUGAACGUGCUGUGGAACCAGCAGCAGGUGGCCCAGGCCGGCGACUACAUCCUCGCCGUCGUGUCGAUGAUGCUCGCCCGGCUGCAGCACAACGACGUGACGCUCAUCCUCAGCGAGAUACUGGCCGAUCUGGUGCAGGGCGAGCUGAUGCAGCUCGACACGAAGGAAACGGAAAACGAACGCUUUGCGCACUACUUCGCCCGCUCCUACCGGAAGACGGCAUCGCUGAUAGCGAACAGCCUGAAGGCGGUCGCCGUACUGACCGGGGUGGGCGAACGGACCGCCGAGAUUAGCUUCCAGUACGGGCGGAACCUUGGCCUAGCGUUUCAGCUGGUGGACGAUCUGCUCGACUUUGUGUCGAGCGCGGAAGCGAUGGGCAAACCGGCGGCCGUCGACCUGAAGCUCGGGCUCGCGACCGCCCCGGUACUGUUCGCGUGCGAGCAGUUUCCCGAGCUGAAUGCGAUGAUUGUGCGCCGCUUCCGGGGCGAGGGGGACACUGAGCGAGCGUACGAGCUGGUGCACCGGUCGGAGGGGCUGGAGCAGACGCGCUUCCUCGCCCGCAAGCACUGCGCCGAGGCACGCCGGCUCGCCAGCCAGUUCGACCAGUCGCCUUACCAGCAGGCGCUGGUGGUGGUGUGUGACUUUGUCCUGAAUCGGAUGAAGUAGUGAUAGCGCGUUUAAGCGCGCGCUGCCAAAGAGAGUCUGAACUUUUCUACACGCCUGCACACAAUUUACUACUUUACAUCUGUAAAUGUGCGGUAAAAAACGUGCGGUAGUCAUUGCGGUAGUCAUAACAUAUUUAUUGUCAAUUAAGCACAAGAAAACUGCGGCGGCCGAAACCCAAAAUUACGCUUCAAAUCUCGCCCAUCAAAUCAUUCAUUAAAACGUUGUGCGGGCUGUGGGGGGUCAGCGAACGAACGGAUUCGAUCCUUAUCCGUGGGCACGCAACAGAAGCGCAACGCAAUCCAAUCCUCCACUACGCAAGUAAUUGUAUUUUUACGCGCUCAACCAUACUUCCAUAUUUAUGGACCCGCCGGGAGAAGCAUGGAAAGAUGUGUCUGUGUGUAUGUGUAUGCAGUUCUCAUCAACCGAUCAUUAUGGCCACGAAGAAUGUCGAUCAUUAACAUGCACGCGUGUAAUGGAGUAAACGAUAAAGCUCACGCACUCCCGCACUCAUCACCUUUUUUUGUUUUGUUGCUUUCGUUCUUUCAAGCCUUUCUUUCUUUUGUUUUCUCUCCUUAAAUCAUUCCUAGAAUAUCGUUAGUGGGAUCGGUUUUAGCCACCCUCCAUUCGCUCAGGGUGAUACUUUGACGCGCGCAGCCUCGUUCCAUUGACCAGUCUGUUUAGGCAAGCGUCAACAAGCGACGAACCCAGCUAGCCCGUAGCGAUCUCAAAAAUCUAAUGAGCGAAAAGCGGGAAGGAUGACGCUCUAGCACUCCUCCCCCCCUUCCCCCAUCUUCAUCGUGGCGCUGUGUUGUUUUCCCCCAAUUAGGGCGCGCUUAAACAAGCGGGAAUGCACUGCCAAACGGUCCGCGCACUUCAGGGUGGGCCGCGCAUUUCGUAGAAUCGCUAGGUGUGGUAAAUGAAUGAUGUGUACGUGUGGCUUGGAUUGGCUCCCCGCACACCAACACACAGCACAGCACCACGGGGACCGAGGAUCGGAUUGCAACUGGUUCAUCCUCUCCAGCAGGGAAAAAGCAGGGGGAAAACCGCAGCGCCCUUACUCCCUUUCCAAUGCUUCCGCCGUUUCCUCCCGUACAGUGGGACGCGUUGGGAACAAAAUGCGCCGCUCGUGAGUGAUUGGUU